AUGGCGAGCAACUUCAAGAUCGAGCCUCUGGUCCAUCCUGAAGGCAAGACAUGCAAGUUUGGAGCUGUCAUUACUGGUCUUGAUCUAAACAAUUUUACCAAAGAAACAGCGGCUCAGUUGGCGAAAGCGACAUGGGAGCAUAAACUUCUUAUUGUCAAAGGUCAACAUGACCUUAAACCAAAGCGUGCCUGGGAAUUACUGCAAGCUCUUGAUCCAGAAAUAAUAAAUAUGUCGGACGAUGAAUUGGCCGAUUUAUUUCACCCUCACCAGUGGUUUAGAGUCCCUGAUGCGGGUUUGUUUUACUUUAUUGGAAAAGGCCCCCAAGACGACCCGCGCUACGGCAAACCAGGUCUAGACAUGGGCGACACUAAGCUAAGCCCUGUCUAUAGCGUACCGCUCUCGGACGAGGACUUUGAAGCUGGGCGUACCCGUUUUCAUGUGUGGUACAUGAACGGAUAUUAUUGGCGAUACGAUAUUACAAAGUUCACCAUUCUCCGACCAAUCAAGUUUCCUACAGAAGGCCUGGACAAGCAGACUAUAGAAUGGGCUGACGGCUCAGGUAUGACUAUGGAAGUCAAGCCAGGACGUCAGGCGUUUUUAGACGUCGAACAAUUGUAUGAGAUGCUCAGUGACGAGGAGAAGAGAAUGGCAGACCAUAGUUGGGCUGAGUACAGCUACUGGCCAUAUGAGAAUCUCAAGGAAUGCCAUUAUGCCCCGAACGGCCUAGGCGUGGUAACUGAGGGCAAGGAGCAGCCAGAAGAAGAGCUGCUAAAGUUAGGAGGGGCAAGUAAAGACUGGCAAAAGAGGUACCCGCUGGUCUGGGUUAAUCCUGUUACUGGCAAGAAGUCAUUCCAGUGUAUACAUCACUUGGUUCGUCGGCUGUUCAUUCGCAACGGCCCAGAUGAGACUCCGAAGGUCAUCGAGGACUUGGGCGAAGUACGGAAGUUUUUGGAUAAUAUUCAGAGCAGAAUAAUCAAGCCUGAGAACAUUUGGGUAGGUCCGGACGAAGAGCACGACUUGAUUAUCUUCGGGAGCCACGGCCUCCUCCAUUCGAAUAUCGACUAUCCCGCUAGUUGGGGUGUCAGGACGAUACACCAGGCCUUCAUGCCUACAAGCAAGCCACCUGUUGGGCCGGUGCCCAUUCCAGAUAUCUCAAAACAAUAA